AGGAAGACAGUCAAAGACUCAAACACAGCCUAACCAACUAUUUGAACACAACUGAUAAUUUCCCAAAUACGAAGAGAAUCGCAAAUCUCAGGAAUUUGAGGUUCGGAUCUGCAAAAUGAGAGUCUUGAGACGCUCUAUUAUAUAUCUUCUGUUAUCAACAGUUAUAUUACGCGGCUUAUCGUCUUCAGAGCUUGCAAAAACCUCGCUUUCAAAUCCAAAUCCAAAUCGCGGCGUUUCCGAAACCUUGCACCCUCUUUUGCCGCGGAGGCCGCCACCUAAAGCUGAUGUAGCACUCGUAGCUUCUUUAGACGGAACCAUUCAUUUUAUAGACACCAAAUUAGGGAAAAGGCUGUGGUCGUUUUCGUCUGGUCGGCCUAUUUAUUCGUCGUAUCAGGAUUCUCUUAACCAUAAUGCAUAUGGGUUUUAUAUAGAUGUUGGUGAAGAUUGGAAUCUUUAUGUUCAUAACACGCGGUUGGGUAAAACGACGAAAGUCUCUUCGAGUGCUGAUGAGUACAUUAGAAUGACGCCAUACGUAUCUGAGAAUGGAGGAGUGACAGUAGGUCAAAAAAACACCACUGUUUUCCUUGUUGAUGCUGAAUCUGGAAGAGUAGUUUACAGCUAUGACUCAGGUGAUUCUGCGUCUACGUUAGGGUUUCAGGGUGGUGAAGAUAACCCUGUUUUGCGAGUGAAUGGUUCCGAAGGACUAAUGGAAUCUGGUUCUGGAAACUUGAAGAUGGUCCGACAGCUGGUUUACAUAUUGAGGAAAGAUUAUGUGCUGCGGUAUUUUUCUCCUAAUACUGAACCUAGAGAAGUAUGGAAUGUGGCAUUUGCAGAGAUCGAAGCUGAAUUUCGAUGUCAAGGGAUUGAAAAUCCUUUUGACGGGUAUCCUUCUGAUUCAGAGAAUGAGCUGAGUGUAGAGUACUUGGGUGAUAGUGAGUUGCCUUUUCCAUGUCAGACAAGGGUUUUGGUAAGCCGGAUUCGAGAUAAUAACUUGCUGGAAGAAUUUCUCUCUUUAGGUGGUAGAGUUGGUGGAUUGCCUUCUCUGCCUGCUGCUGGUCACAACCAUCCUCUAAGCCUUGUAUCCAGUCAUCCUGACAAUGAAGAUAGAAAUAUGCUUGCUUUGCCCCUACCUGAGAUUGAAAACCCUUUUUCCUUGGGAAUGCUUGGUGGAAGUAAUAGUGAAUUGAAUAACAGGAGCACAUUUGAUGAAAAAAUUAAAGGAUCCCAUAUAUCCUCUAUUGUAGCUCUUUUCAUUACUACCAUCUUUUGCAUUAUUGGCUUCCUCUUUUACUGGUCGAAACAGGGCAAGUUGAAUAAGCAGGCUGAGGAACUUAAAGUGCAAGCUGGGAUAACCAAGAAGAAGAAAUCCCGGAGAUCAGGGAACAAUAAGAACAAUGCCAAUAGUGAGAAAAAUCAGAAACUCAUUGCACAUGAGACUAAGGUUGGUGAUGCCAGUGGGUUUCCACACAUUGAAGGAAGUGAAAGGAAAUCAUUGCUAACAUUUACAGGUCUUGUUGAUGGUCGUGUUGUUGGGCGUAGGAUUGGUAGGCUACUUGUUUCUAGCAAAGAAAUUGCUAAAGGGAGCAAUGGUACCAUUGUACUGGAGGGCAUUUAUGAUGGUCGUCCAGUAGCUGUUAAACGCCUUGUGCAGACUCAUCAUGAUGUGGCCUUGAAAGAGAUCCAGAAUCUUAUUGCUUCUGAUCAACAUCCAAAUAUUGUCCGAUGGUAUGGGGUGGAGUUUGAUCAAGAUUUUGUUUAUCUCUCUCUGGAGCGCUGUACUUGUAGCUUAAAUGACUUAAUUUAUGUAUGCUCUGGAACUCUCCAUAGUCAAAAAAUUGCAAAUGACCAAGAUUCCAACUCGUUGGAUGAGUUCACUAUUCAAUUAUGUACAGUGAUGGAAAACAACAAAGAUAUUGAACUUUGGAAGGCAAAUGGGUAUCCUACAGCCCAGUUGUUAAAGUUGAUGAGGGAUAUGGUCUCUGGGCUUUCCCAUUUACAUGAUCUUGGAAUUAUACAUCGGGACCUUAAGCCUCAAAAUGUUUUGAUAAACAAGGAGAGAUCUUUAUGUGCAAAACUUUCAGAUAUGGGUAUUAGCAAACGCCUGCAUGGCGAUAUGUCUUCCUUAACCCAGAAUGCUACUGGUUAUGGAAGUUCAGGUUGGCAAGCACCUGAACAACUUCGUCACGGUCGCCAAACACGUGCAGUAGAUUUAUUUAGUUUAGGCUGUGUUCUCUUUUUCUGUAUGACUGGUGGUAAACAUCCUUAUGGUGAUAGUUUUGAACGUGAUGUUAAUAUUGUAAAUGAUCAAAAAGACCUAUUCUUGGUGGAGAAUGUACCAGAAGCUGUGGAUCUCUUCUUACAGCUCUUGCAUCCCAGUCCAGAUAUGAGGCCAAAGGCCCAAGAUGCUUUGCAUCAUCCAUUUUUUUGGACUUCUGAGACCAGACUUUCAUUUCUUCGAGAUGUGAGUGAUCGUGUUGAACUUGAAGAUAGGGAGAAAGAAUCAGAACUCUUGACAGCAUUAGAAGGUAUUGCAACAGUGGCUUUGAAUGGGAAAUGGGAUGAAAAGAUGGAAGCUGCAUUCCUUGAUAACAUUGGGCGCUAUAGGCGUUACAAGUAUGACUCUGUACGAGACUUACUGAGGGUAAUAAGAAACAAAUCAAAUCACUACAGGGAACUUCCUCAAGACAUCCAAGACUUGUUAGGACCACUUCCUGAAGGAUUUUACAACUAUUUUUCUAGCAGGUUUCCGAAACUUUUGAUUGAGGUUUAUAAUGUGAUUUACAGAUACUGCAAAGAGGAAGUAUUUUUUCAAAAGUAUGUAAAAUCCGAUCUAGUCUGACCCAAACCAUCAAAACUUUGUAAAUACAAAUAGUAAAACUAUUUCGCCAUAAAAUAGUUAUACACAUCAAUGUAUAGAAAUGUGUAUUCAAUUACAUUUAAUUUGAAUGUACUGAUCCAGGAACUGAUGUUUAUGAA